GUAUGGAAUCUAACUUUAAAAUUGAGUGCUUCAGACAUAAAAUAUUGGGAAAUAAGUAAUGCAUAUUGGAAGUUACUAAUGAUAAAAUAAUAAUUACAAACAUUACAGACUCACCAAAUAAGAGAAAUGAAUUGGACAUUAAUUAUAAUUUAUUUGUUGAUUUUAAAGUCAAGAAAAAAUAGCUACAAGCUAUUGGUUUGACAACAAAUAAACACCAUUGGUAUUAUGCGGAUCAUGACAAUUUGAUCAAUUUAAAGUAAAUUUUAGGAGCAAGAGUAGUGUUUAAAGGUGUAAAUACUUUAUAUAAUCCAUUAUAAUAAAUUGGCUAAGGAACCUUCUCCAAUGUUUACUUAUUACAAUCCAAAAUAAAUAGUCUUGAAUAUUAUGCUUGUAAAUGUUUAGACAAAGCUUAAGUGAAUGAAUAAAUUGGUAGAGUAAUAUAUUUAGUAAUAUUGUUAGUAAGGAUUGUUUGAAGAAAUCUAAGCGAUGGUUGCUUUGAAGCAUCCAAAUAUAGCAGAGCUUCUAGAAGUUUAUGAGGGUGAUGUAUCUUAUUAUAUGGUAAUGCAAUAUUAUGAUCUUGAAUUUACUGACAUUCUAAAAGAACUAAACAUUCAAGACAUACACAUAAUAUUUAAAUAAUUAGUAACAGCAGUAAAUUUAAUGCAUGAAAAAGGAUACAUGCAUAGAGAUUUAAAACCAGAAAAUAUUAUGUUUAGUGAUAGUAUUUACUAAUUGAAACUCAUUGAUUUUGGAUUGACAACUAAAAGUUCAGGAAGAUCAAAAUGUGGUACACCUGGUUAUGUUGCACCUGAAAUUUUAAAUCUUGAUACAAAGAUUAAUGAAUAUAAUGAAAAAUGUGACAUAUUUUCAUUAGGAGUUAUAUUCUAUAAGAUGUAUAAUUAAUUAUUAUUAUUAGGCUGACUUAGAAUGACCUAUUUUAAGGAGCAAAUCAUGAAGAGAUUUUAGAAAAUAAUGCUCGAUGCAAUACAAAUUUUGAACUUUUAAAUGGAAAUCAANUAUAAAUAAUUAUUCUUAAAUUUAAUUGAA